CGGCGGCAGGUGAGGGCAGGGCCGGUUGGGGCCGUGCCCGCCGGGGCCGUGCCCGCCGGGGGCCGUGCCCACCGGGGCCGCCUGCCCGGCCCGCAGCCCGGCCGUGCGCCCGGCCCGGCAGGCCCCGCAGACCCCGCAGGCCCCACAGCCGCCGCAGCCCCCCCCGCAGGCCCCGCAGGCCGCAGCCUCGCGGCGUGUGUCGCCGCUGGUGCCGGCGCCGUCGCUGUGGCCGUCGGGCUCAGCCGUGCGGCCCUGUCAGCUCGUGCCUCCGAUUUGUCAUCGCCACCGACGCGGGUGACGUCUGACACGUGUUCGGGGAAGGUGUGCGCCCUGCGCUUGGAAAGGCCCUUUUUUGGGCUCCCGCGUUUUCCAGCCGCCUGGAAUUCGGAGGAGUCCGAUAAGCUGCUGGGGUGACACACACCUUCACGGGAUCGGGUUGCAGUUUGGAGGGGGUCAGUGUGAUGAGGUGACACGCCGGUAGCCGUCGCAAGGGAAGGUUUCAAAAGUGCCAGCUGAGGCUUGAAAAAGAGUUCCCAGCUUGUGCUCCUGGUCCCUUCACUCUGGUAUGUGCCAAAACAGAAUUGCCAGACCACGGAUUUUGUUCUAGAACUGAAGUCACAGAUAAAGGAGACCAUAAAGUCUGCAGAAGCCCAAGGAAUACAGAAGAAGAGAUAGAUAAAGGAAAAUUAAGGCAGGUGGCAACUCCCAUGGCACUAUUUUCGUAGGAAAAUAAGUUAUGAUCUUCAGGAGAAGACUUCUUUCAGGGGGUGGUUCCUCUGAUAUUUGAAGCAGACUUCCAAAAAACACAGAAAAUAAUUCCUCAGCUUUACUGUUAGUGUGAACAACACGACCAAUUUCUUUCCCACAGCCUCCUGAUAUAAAUGUUUUCCUCUGGGGUGUUCCAGCCCUUUAUCUAGGGAGUAAUGGAACCAACAUUUACAGCUGCAGCGCUGGAGGUCGGACCUGUAUAUUUCUUUGACCAGUUGAAACCUACAAUGAAAGAGAGGGUCAAGAAGAUACCAGAAGAAAAGUCCUCAUAUUUUACUACAAAUAUCCUCCUUGGCUUUACUCCCAGCCUGAUUGAAGACAGGUUUGGCAUCUGUACAGGUGAGCGUGCAGAAACGCAUGAAGAUGGUUUCUUAAACAAUGAUACAGCAAGAAAAGAAAAAUAUCCAGUUUGGCAACAAGUUCCUUGGCAUUCCAUGUGUAAAACCACUACAGAGGACUCAAACCCAAAGUUCUGCCGAAUAUCUUUGAUACCACAGGCAGAUGAGGACUCCCCAGUGAAGACAUUGAAUAAGUCUGUGGCUGACAACAUGUUACAGGAACUUGGAGAGACGUUGCAGCUCCUUGCCAAGUAUGAGACUCGUUUCCCUCGGGGACUUGUGGAUGUGGUAACCUGUAGCUGGAGAGAAUUCUCUGAGGGAGUUGAUGGCCAUAAACGGCACUGGCAGUCACUAGGGUAUAGAAGUGUGACAUCCAGGAAAAGCCAGGCGUCAGAGGAGGUUAAGGGUAGUGCUCCAGGGUCCGAAUGCAGGGAGUGUGAAACCACUGCCCUCAGAAAAAAACUAUGCAAGGACAACUUUGCUCUACAAGCCUGCACUACAAAGGAAAAAAGAAAGCCUGAGACAGCAUCAAACUUGUCUGUAGGAGGUGAAGCUCCUGUUGUGGAAAAUGAUGCUGACCAGUCACUCAACACUAUCAGCUUCUCACUCUCAUCCAACAUUUCUGAGGAAGGAGGUUGGGUUUUUCAACUUUCUGGCUCAAAUUCUGAAGAUAUGCACCAGGGGCUGCCUUAUCUGUGGACACUGGAGAGGCUAGAACAAAUGCAAAAACAAAUAGAAGAGCAAACUUCCAAGCUGAAAGAAAUGAGGUUUGACAAACCAGUCAUUCUCCGGCAUUAUGGUGAUCCCAGGGAUGAAACUUCCUCGAAAACAUGGAAUGUUCAGACUGGCAUGACUGUCACACCAGAGCUGACAUAUGGCAAACCUCAGAUCCCAGUGGGCAAGAAAGCAGGCACAGCAAAGAGAAAACUGCACUAUGUGCUGAAUGAUGGCUCAUCUUUCAUUUAAUAUCCUUUCUGUUUACAUGGCACCUGUGAAUUCUAGCAAGAAUGUGAGGGGUAGUAAGAGGACUUCUCCAGGGGGGAAGGCUCAGACCUAAUCUGUAGCUGAUCAUCUUCAAAGA